UUUAUAGGUUUUCGUAAUAAAUUGAGGUUUCCCUUUCCCAUAGAAAAACCACGGGUAGAUAAAAACGCUGCGUUUGUUACACAUGAAGCAAACCGAUAAAAUAACAGUCUCUCAGUCCUGCUUUCCUUCCAAAACCCCUCCAGAACCCUAGAUCGUUACUCCUCCUUAAUUUCCGUUACUCCUCCAUCGAAAUGCCUGACGUCGCAGCGGAUUCUGCGGCUUCUGCCAGCGCUGGCGAGUUAGUCCCAUUCGUGCCAGACACUGAAAUCGCCGUGGUGUACCCGCUUCACCACGGCCUAAAACCUCCAAUCUCUCGCGUCUCAAUCUCCUGGGCCCGAGGAAACAAUCUCCGCGUGUCAUUACUCCGUAACCCGCCUUCCAAUUCUGAUUCCGACGGAGAAAUUGGGGGAAAAGUUGUGGAGGUAAAUCUCGACAGCGGAGCCGCCGACGUCAGAGAACCAGCGCAGUGGAGGCGCAUUGCCUACGGCUCUGUUACGCCCUUUGCGCUCCUUCAAAGUCGCAAGAAUUCAGCUUCAAUUUUAUCUAAAUUACAAUCAAGUCCCUCUCCAUUUCACCUUGACUGGUGGGAGUAUGUAAUGGAGUAUAGCAAGGACAUAAAAGAACUACUUGGGAAUCCGAAGUCAAAUUAUAAUCCUUUAAUUGAAGAUCCUAAAGAAGUUUUAAAGAAAGGUGAGGAACCAACGAGCUUAAAGGCAGCAUGGGAGCUGAUGGAAAUGUUUUAUGCAGACAAAUUAUGUCAGAGUUGGUUGCCAGAACGCCUUGUCGAUUGGUUGGCUGAUUAUGAUUGCCUGUUAUCAGGUGACCAGCCAGCUGUUCAUUCAAAACUUGUGGAGUUUCAAGGGACACUAGUUACCUUACAGGUCAUUGAAGAUGAUCCUAAAUAUUGGGAGGUGAUAUCAUCGGCACUAGCAGUUGGUUGGCUAGAGAUUGUGGUGAAACUUUUGCGCUUGCAUGGAUCUUAUCAUCUGGAUCAGAUUAGCCAUUGUCACCUUGAGAAGAUGCUAUUUUUAGUGACUGUUUUUUGCUUGCCUGGCCAAGUAUUGUUUAUCAAAAUGAAGAUUCCUUGGUAUCCAUGCAUCUGUUUUCACAGUUGCAUUUUAAGUCCUGUGUGUUUUUCUGUUAUUGAGCAGACAGAGAAUGGGCUAGUUGAGACUGUAGCUGUUCUAAUUUCAAUGAUGCCACGCAUGCGUCCAGAAUUAAAAAAUGGAAAAUUAGGUGAAUGCUUUAAAGCCAAACCUGAUUUUAUGAAGGCAUGGGAGAAAUGGCGAGAACAAAUAACUAAGCUGGAUUCCAGUGCAUUCUGGGUUCUAUGCGAUCACCGUCAAACCAGGGAGGGCUUGAAAAAUCUGAUCCAGAUCAUGCUGGGAAACACCGAGAUUCUCUGCACUGCAACAUCCCAUUGGAUAGAGCUGUAUAUAUCUCACUUCCUGUUCAUAAGGCCAUUCACUGUUGGGUUUGAAAGCAUGUACAACCUAGCUCAGAAAUGUGUUAAGAUGAAACCAAUGUCUAGUCCACAUAAGCUGCUGCGGCUAAUAAUUGGAAUUAUUGGGGAAAAUACUGAGGUUGUAUUGGCAGAAUGCUCAAGAGGGUUUGGUCCUUGGAUGGUGACUCAUGCCAUAGAGUUAUUGACUGCUAGGAGUGACCAAGCAGAUUUUCUUUUACACAAGGAGCAUGAUGACAUAGGGGGAAUAAGUAUGGAAGAGCUCCAUCGUCUUGUUUAUGCUCAAGUUCUAACUUCUCACUUCUUGACUUGGCAAAUUGCUCCAGUUUACUUGACAUCGUGUAUGAGGCAAGGAAUGAGUUUGUUGGAGGUUUUAUUAUACAGGCAGCCUGCCCAACACAAUCAAUUGUUGCUUAAGAAUUUAGAAAUUUGCCGUCUGUAUGAACUCGACCAUGUCAGCUCAAACAUUAUGAAGAUUGCUGGAGUGUACCACUGGAAGCAUGGUAGGAAAGGUUUGGGAGUUUUCUGGCUUCAGCAAGCUCGGGAUGAAUUUCUCCUUAACAAGAUUGCCCAGCGGUUGUUUGAUUCUGUUGGAAAGUCAAUCUCUGGUGAAAGCUUCAAGCAAUGGGAGGGUUUAAUUGAAUUGUUGGGUUCGAAAUCAAAGCCUGCUGGGAGUCUUGAGUUUCUGCACAAGUAUAGGGAUUUCAAGAAAUUGCUACAGCAGGUUUGUGAUAGGAAAACUCCAGAUGCUGCUCGGCAUGCUGCUGACUUGCUCAUGUUGCUUAUGAAGAACCCUUCUACUCCUCAACGUUUCUGGUUGCCUCUUCUUUAUGAUUCUUUGACACUGCUUAGCUGGCAAGGGCGACCUUUGCUAAAUGUCUCUCAAACAAACCUUUUGUUGAAUAAACUGCAAGAAUUGUCCAUGGCAAGCCUGCGUCCAGGCAUUGUUGCCACUGACUUGCCAGCGGAGGCAUUAGACUCUGUUAGGCUAGCCCUUGCUACAAAUCUUGGGCGUGCCAUCUUAGAAGAACAGUGAUGCUUUGUUUUUGACAUUCAUGAAGAUGUUAAUGCACAGUACGUUUGACUACCUUAUCUAUUUUUCCUGGUGACCAAGCAUUCAAGCCACAUGAUCACCAUCAUUUCAAAGGAAUGUUGAUGGUGGAUUUGGAAUUCGGUACAUGCUUGUGUAACAUGUUUGUUUAAGGUUUUGCAUAGCUAAUGUUUCACAAGAGAAACCACUACUCUUUCCAGAAGUUUUACUUUGAGAAGGCUGCAGGCAUCGAACUCCACAUCUUUUUGCAGAAUUACAUUACAAGUCUCUGGUUAACAGAAACGGAGAUGCCCAGAUGCUAACACAUCUCUGCUAUUCAAGUUUUCAUCCGAGUUGUAUCGAUGAUGGGUUGCCAUGGAGAAGUUUCAACUAUUGUUGUAUAAUGGUAUGCUUAAAGAAAUGCAAAUGACCUAAGUUUGAACUU